UCUCUUUAAAUGCACAAAGAAAGAGAAUCCCUUCUCUGCCCCUUUUUCAGGUUUUCUGUUUCUUUCAAUAAAACACACAAAUUCAAUUAUAAACAUUACACCCUAUUUAUUAAUACCCAUCUUCUCUUCUCUUCUUUGUUCAUAUGGCUAUUCAAGCGCAAUUGUAUACGGAUAAUCUUUUAGGUGGUUCAAUGGAGAAUGCUUGUGGAUUUAAUCAGUUUUCUUUUGCUACUCAGCAACACCAACAACCCUUUCAACAGAAUUUACAGCAGCAACAGAUUUUUAACCAGAAAAUAAUCAUGAAUCAGAAUUUGAUGAAUAACAACAUUACCGAGUCAAUUCCUUUUUCACAGUUUCUAGCUACCCAGAUGGAGAAACAGAGGAUUGAAAUCGAUCACUUUAUCAACUUACAGAAUGAAAAAUUGAGAUGGGUUUUAAACGAGCAAAAGAAGCAACAACUAGCAUUGAUUUGGAGAAAAUACGAAUCGAAACUUGAGUUUUUACUGAAACAGAAGGAUGAAGAAAUCGCAAAAGCAGGGAACAGGACAAAGGAGCUAGAAGAAUACUUAAAAAAAAUGGAGAUGGAGAAUCAAGCAUGGCAGAGAAUUUCGAAUGAAAACGAAGCUAUUGUCAUGUCAUUAAACAACACAAUCGAACAACUAAGAGAAAGUGGGUAUUGUUUGUCCACCAAUGGAGAAGAUGCAGAAUCUUGCUGCGAUCUUCAUGAUGAAGAUGAACUAGAAACAAAAAAGAUGAUUUGCAAAAGCUGCAAUUCUCGAUCUUCGUGCAUGAUUUUCUUGCCCUGUAGACAUCUUUCUUCAUGCAAAACUUGUGAUUCUCUUCUCCAUCAAUGCCCUGUCUGUGGAAUACCUAAGAAAGCUGCCAUUGAAGCCUUGUUUUGACCCCAAAAAAAAAAUUACAGAAAAAAAAGAAGAAAAAACUUCGGUAAAUGGGUAGUUAAAUUCAUUAAUUUCUUUAUGUUUUUUUUUUUUAACUCUUUUGUCAGGGGGAUUUACUGAUCUUUUUUAGGGGUUUGUUUUUUGUGUACUUUUUUGAUGAAAUCCCCUGCUGACUGAUGAAAUGAUGAAUAGUUUACUACUGUAGUGUUUAGUGUACAGUGAAACAAUGAGCAUCUUUUUUGAAGA